AUGAUGGCAUCAUCAUCUGCCGUCGCCAUUGCUCCGAUUUUCAAGAUGGACCAAGAACACCAAGCGCUGCGGAAGAGCUGCGACUACUGCGUGAGGAUGAAGCGAGGCUGCAGCGGAGGCACGCCGUGCGCACUCUGCAACAGACGCAACAAGAAUUGCAUCAGGUCCAUCAAGAAGCGCAGCGGGCCAGCGAAGGGCACCAAGUACUGCAAGAGGAAGCCUCGCAAGAUUCCCAAGACGUCUUCUUCCUCCUCUACGACGUCCACUUCCACGUCCACCACGCCUAGCGCCGCUGCGUCGAAACCGCCGCCGCCGUCGCCGUCCUCGUCGUCGUCGUCGUCGUGCUCUCGGGCAACGGGAGGCGGUGCAUCCGCCGCCGCCUGCGCGGCCAGCGCGUCCUCGGGAGGGCCGUCGGCGGCCGCCGCCGCCGCCGCUCCCCGAUCAUCCUUGCCACCUUUUGGUGGUGGCCGUGGAGCCGGUAGGGGUACCGGCAAGAGGGGCAUGAUCCCGGCCCUGCAGUCAGGGUCGAAGCUGGCCGCGUCCCUCUCGAAGAAGAUGAAGCGCGAGGGCGGUGCCGCCGCUGCACGGGUCAGGCGGACGCCGCCGCCGCAGCCGCCGCAGCCUCUCGGCGGUGGCGGCGGAGGCGUUAUUUCUGCCCGCCCCGGGGGGACGGCAUUGCCGGGGGGAGGGACCCUGUUGCCGCCCCAGCACGAGAUCCGGAUCAUCAAUGACGAGAGGCCGUCUCCGUCAGCAGCAGUCGGCGGUGGUGUUCUCGCCCUCGGCGCACCGUUCCAGCAGCAGCAGCAGUUGCGCUGGGGGAUGCAGGAUGACGGCGGUGCAAGCGCAAGCAGCAGCGGCUACGGCGGCAGCGACAGGUCGGGCUCGAGCGGCACCGACGCCAGCAGCGGAGACGACCCCUGCCUGGACAGCUUCACCGCCACCAUAGACGGCUUCGGCAGCCGCCGCAGCAGCCUCGGAAACGGCUUCGGCUUGGACGGCGGUGAUCGGAGAUUCGGCCUGGACGCCGCCGCCGCCGACCCGGCCUCCGCCUGCGGGAGCGGGCUCCCGUUUUACUUCGAACCGUUGAAGAGCGGCGGCGGCGGCGGCGGCGGAGAGAGGGGAGUUGCCGUUGACGGCCCCGGAGGCGGCAACGCGGACGCCGAGCAGGUGGCGGCGGUGAGCAUGAUGGCGGCGAGGCGCACGAGCUUGGAGGAGGCCUUGUACGGGGCAUGUUACAGGCGGGCGAGCUUCCAAGGGUUGGACCUCCUGUUCGACAACAACAACCGGUGGUCCCACCAGCCGCCACUGCUGUCGUCGCUGAACGAGCUGCCGAUGAUGGAGUCUACCACCUGA